CGUGCCGCGCAUGCGCAGGGCCAGCAGCUUAGGUGGGAGCAGUCGGAUAGCAACGGAAAGCCCAACAGUAACAAACGGCGCAUCGGUGAAAGAGGACGGCGCUCGCCUCGAUCUUUUCUCUGUGGUGGUUAAACCCGGUCUGCUUCUCAAUCAAUAAACACCAACUUUAACUGAGCACAGAAAGCAGGAGGAUGGCGGUGAAUGUCUACUCUACUUCAAUGAAUGCUGACAACCUGAGCCGUCAUGACAUGCUGGCAUGGGUCAACGACUCUCUACAUCUCACCUACACAAAGAUUGAGCAGCUCUGUUCAGGUGGUGCUUAUUGCCAAUUCAUGGACAUGCUGUUUCCGGGGUGCAUAUUGAUGAAAAAAGUCAAGUUUAACGCCAAACUGGAACACGAAUACAUCCACAACUUUAAGGUUUUACAGGCUGCGUUCAAGAGAAUGAAUGUGGACAAGAUCAUCCCCGUGGAGAGGUUGGUGAAGGGGAAGUUCCAGGACAAUUUUGAGUUCCUUCAGUGGUUUAAGAGGUUUUUUGACGCCAACUACGAUGGGAAAGAGUACGACCCUCUACUGAUGAGGCAGGGUCAGGAAGGAACACCACCCCCGCCUAACCCAGGGGUACCCACUCAUCAUAAAGCUAAACGAGCCCCUCGCUCAGGUUCCAUGAGAACGUCUCCCACUGCACCGAAGGCCGUCCCUGUUCCACAGAGACAGAUCAACCCGCCAGCAGCCCGCAGAACCACUCCAGUGACCCGCAACGGAGGAGACGCAGAGCUGGUGGAGCUUCACCAGCAGAUAAUGGAUAUGAAACUGACUAUAGAUGGGCUGGAGAAGGAGAGGGACUUCUACUUUGGGAAACUGAGAGACAUUGAGCUCAUCUGUCAGGACAACGACGGUGAAAACAGCCCCGUUCUGAGAAAAAUCAUUGACAUACUGUAUGCUACAGAGGAAGGAUUCGCACCUCCAGACGACGAAGAAAUUGAUGGAGGACGAGAUCAGGAGGAGUUCUGAAAUCUUCCUCGUUUUCUCACCUCCAUCUCUCACCUGUCAUUCUUUAAUCAGACAAUUGAGUCAUUUUUUUGCCUGGUUUUAUCCCCCGUUAGUUAAUUUUUGAAAUCUUACCCCCGACUUCUUCCAUCUCAUUCAUGGCUUUAUGUGUCCAUGACGACUUUGUUGGACAGGUUAGCUCCCCAGACUUUGACUUGCAAAGGACACUAACCUAGAUGUGUCUGGACAAGGGCCCAGCAGCCUGGCUUGGCUUGACUGACUAGUUCUAACCCGUUUUCAGAGUGGGGGGGGGGGGGGGGGGGGCGGUGAGUCUGUCAGCGUGUCACACAUUCAGAGGUAACAGCAGUGGGAUUUUAAAGCUGCAGCACUGGAGCCAGCAGUGCUUUAAAUCGGACUGUGUGAGGAGACAAGGUGCUUCCUAGUUUAUACACGAAACACUACAACGUUUUACAAGAAAUGUGAUUGUUUUAUUCAGGGUGCGGUUAUAGAAACAGUGAUCCGCCUUUUAGGAGUAAGGCCUGCAAAAUGGAAAUCUUUUGAUGACACGACGACAAGCGAACGAUCAACAGACAUAUCACAGACUCUGAGCAGCACACACGUACACGCUUAAAGCAACCCUGAGGAAAAAAAUCACAGACGUGUUGUCUCACGAAACUGUUCUGACAGCUUGUUAGGCGACAGCAUGGUGUAUUUAUGUUUAUUUAUUUAUCUUUGUUAAUCUGCUCUGUACAGUUUCUGAGAAAAAAAACAUGGUUGGGAUUUGGGGAGAUUAAAGGUCUUGCACUAAAUGUAGCGAAACAAACCGACUUAAAUUAUCCAAAAGAAGAAUGCCAACAUGCAGUGACUGGCUGCUGCCGGGAAGAAACAGGAAGAUGCAAUUUUAUAUUUUGUAGAUUUGUUUUAAAGAAGUAUGUUUUUUUUUUUUUUUUUUUUUUAUCGCAUUGAAUUCCUCAGUGGGCAAGCCGAAGGAGUGUUUAUAAAACUUAAUUAUCAAGCAAGCAUCAGGCUGGACACACACUGCAGAGCAACACUACUAAUUACUAAUGUUUGACUGUGUUUAUUUAGUUAAACAUUUUAGCUGCUACCAUUAUUCCUCCGUUGCCGCAUUUGAGUUUUCAUACGUUGCAAAGCGCUAAAACGCCACCAUGGCUGCCGAGGGAACAAAGGUCUGGUUUGUCCUGAUUAUUGACCAGGCGGAGCAAUGACUGGAGCAGCCGGAGAGCAGAAAACAUCCGAAUCCUCUCUCGCUGUUUCUCACCAUGGUAGCCAUGUGAUCAACUUGCAUCAUGUGGAGUUACUGCUGGAAUGAAAUAAAGCUCUGAGGUUUCAAGAAAA